UUUGUUUGUUAUUGUCGGCGUGAGUGUAUAUUACAUUUUUGUGCAAUUAUUUGGAUUCAACAGAUGGAUGUUUCUAUGUUUUGAGCCAAAAUUGUUUAGGUUACCUUUCUAAAUUGCUUGAUGAGUGUAUAAAAAAAGAUACUUACUCCAUCCCGAAAUGUCUUUUCAUACAAAUCAACUUCGAUACAUUUUAGGUUAACUUCUAUUGAUUUGAAUGCAAACUAGGCCUAUUGACAAUUUAAAAUUUUUUCUUUUAAGUCCUGGCUUGAUAGUCUUAACCUAAAUUCUAAUAUGAACUCUAAAAAAAUAAUACCUAAGACAAUUAGUUCCUGUCACAAACAUACUAAAUCAAGGUCUGGAAGAAAUAACACACAUUCUCCUUCAAUUAAGUGUCAUGAGGAAGUGAUGAGUAGAUUGUCAUCAUGCACAAAUGAAAAUUGUGAUGGCGAUUUAGACGACUGUAUUGAACAAUCUUGUAUUCAUAGAAAGGUGAAAUAUAAAAGAGAUAACGUCAGGACUGUUCCUUCUAGAAGCAAACUAACCAAUCACCAUCAACAAUCUUUCAGUGCUCCUGGCUCAAAACACUCUGGGUUUGGGUCUAAAGACCUAACUCCUAAAACUGUCAGAUCCAAGAGUAUACCUAGUGUUCAAACGACCAAUUUUAAUGAUUCUGUUGAUAUCAUACCAGUUAAACUAACUUCAACUAAUGACCGUAAACAGAGGCCUCAAAAGCGAGUUAGACAUAUUUUAGAAUCAAGGCCUGGAUUAGGCGUGAGAGAAAAAUCAUCAAAGCCACAUCGGCCUACUUGGGAUGAAAUACUGAGAAAUAACUUAGAAGUUGUAAGUAAGGGUGAUAAGAGUCCUAAUAAAAAGACUCUUCAAUCAAACAAAAUCAGUAACUGUUGUCAUUCUGAGCAUUCUGUAGGCAGUUCAGUAAACAAAACUGAAAAGCACUCUUCAAAAGAGAUCAAUAACUGUAGACAAGACGAAAUAAAACAGAACUGUUUGUCACAAAGGGCAAGUGAAUCCUCAAAGUCUACAGACUCCUCUCAAAUUAGGAAAUUUGACAUUUUUCAACAAAUUAAUUCUGAUCCUAUCAAAAGUCUAGAUAUGCUUAUAAAACAACUUAGAGAUGGAUUACUAAAACAACCUCAAAAUGACUGCCUGCAAAACAUAAUAUCGGACAUGGAAAACGCAAUGCUGAAGAUUUCAGUUGAUGGUAAAACACAUCAGAAUCAUCAGUUUGACAGAGAGAUCAAUGACAAAGCGGAACGGACGACUGAUAUUCAAUCAGCUGCCACAAAUAACACUCAUGAAAAGGUUAGAAAUAAACAUGUCGACAUUGUGGAGUUGGAGCAAAAUCUAGAAAAGAGUUGUCGUUAUUUGCAGAGCCUAUGCAUCAAACAAAAAGAAAACUGCAGUAAUCAUUUGCGGGAAAAAGAGCAACUUUCCCUACAAUUGGCAGAGAGCAGGCGUUUGUUAGCUGUUACCAAAUCCAAAGAAAAAAACUACGAAGUCACAAUAGGCGAACUGAGACUGAAACUUCAAGAAUACAACACAAAAGUUGAUCAAUUAAAGCAAUCACUUCAGGAUGUACAAAACAAAAAUGUGACACUAAAAGAAGAAAAUAAGGCUAUGAGGUCACUGAAGGACACCCUGAAAAGAGUUGGUGUGAGACUGAAACAACUUUCAAGAGAGAAGGAGAAUCUUCAAUCAAAAUUGAGCUUAAAGGAUUUAGAAAUAGAGAAACUAAAAGUAAUUUUACAAAUUAAAAGUGGACAUAAAGUAGAUGGUCAGCAGGAGAAGCAACAUGACAAAUUACUUGACGAAAACAUCGAUGUAAAAAUGUCCGAGAAAGACAUGUCGAUCACUUUGUCGUCGGUCAGUAGCUGGUCUGGGAGGGGAUUGAUCUGCUCGUCGCAAGCUUCUAGCAGUCCUAGACACUCUCCCUCGCCCUACAACUCCUGGCAACACAUAAGCUCCAUCGUACAAGAGCCGUCAGCCAUUGCGGAGAUCAACAGAGGUAUUGCAGUCAAAGUACAAGACAUCAACCGCAAGUAUCGCCAGAUGGAGCCACUGCAUCUAGAUCUUCAGAAUCCAUCAUCUUGUAGCUCCUUCCGGACUGACGGUGAAGUUAUUUACUCUGACGGCGAGAGCGGGAGUUUUAGUUCAUGAGGGAGUUGUUCAGAACGCCAGAGAACGACGGUAGUCAAUUCUACUUUGACGAGCUGUGAUAGUAAAAUUACAGCUGAUAUUUUUGAAAUUGUACUUAUAUUGUAUUUUAAAUGUAAUUUUAGGGGUUUAUACUUGAAAUAAAUAAAAUGUGU